AUGGAUUCUUCUGGAUCUGUCGAAUCGAAAUGGCUGACCCAACUGGCCGCCAUGCGCCAGGCCAUUGCUGAUUUGAACCUCCCGAAAGACCCCGCGAAUGACCAGCUCGGCUACGGCAGCGACUUGGAGUUGGAUCUGGACGAUGAUUAUUCUUCACCGGGGACGGUCGACGAUAUCUGGGAUGUUAUUAGCUCCGACGAUGAGUCUAGUGCAGGCUCCGAUGAGAUUGACGGAUUUCCCUCGUCUUCGGAUGCCCUCUCCUACGACCAGACAUGGCUAGAACAGAAAUGUCAGGGUCUCGCUAUUCAGAAGCCCGGUUUGGAUGUGAUGGAGCUGGUGCAGCAAAUCACGGCAGCUCUGGCUGCCGACAGCGGUGAUGACGAGCUUCAAAUGUCUCUUGCCGAGAUCGUUGGUUUCGACGACUUGGAAUUUGUGAUCGAGCUGAUUGCGCACCGGGCGGUUAUCCUGUCGAGCAUGAGGAAUAGCGUCGAGGCCCAAACGGAUGGAUUGAUGUCUGGGAAGUUGCAGACAAAGGCGGAGCGGGAGCAGGCGCUGUGGCAGCAGGACUUUGACCACAAGAAUGCUCCAUUGUUGCCGGCACAAUCGAGAAGUGAGCCGCAGUACCCGCAUGUUUUCAAAACCCACGACACGAGAAAUACUCUUGCGCUGGGAGGAAAGAAAUAUGGCCUGCCCCUCGGCAGUAAGCAGGUGGAGGAACAACGGUACACUGAAUGUGAAAUCCCGGCAUCAAAGGUCGGCUCGUUAGCAGCUACCCAGAAACUGGUGGAGAUUGCUUCUCUGGACGGAUUGUGCCAGGGAACAUUCAAGGGUUACAAGACUCUAAAUCGUAUGCAGAGUCUACUGUAUGAAGUUGCUUACAGGACAAACGAGAACAUGCUGAUCUGUGCCCCCACUGGUGCUGGUAAAACCGAUGCUGCCAUGUUAACAAUCUUGAACGCUGUCGGAAAGAACACGGUCCCAAACCCGAUUGAGGAACCGCAGGCGACCGAGUUUGCGGUCCAAGUAGAUGAUUUCAAGAUUGUUUACGUGGCGCCCAUGAAGGCCUUGGCCGCUGAAGUGACAGAGAAGCUUGGGAAACGACUCGCUUGGCUCGGAAUCCAGGUUCGCGAGCUGACUGGUGAUAUGCAACUCACCAAGCGGGAGAUCGUGGAAACCCAGAUUAUUGUCACCACCCCUGAAAAAUGGGAUGUAGUGACUCGAAAGAGCACCGGAGACACUGAACUUGUCCAGAAAGUGCGCUUGUUGAUCAUCGAUGAAGUCCACAUGCUUCAUGAUGAGCGUGGUGCCGUUAUCGAAUCUCUUGUGGCCCGGACCCAACGCCAGGUUGAGAGCACCCAGUCUCUCAUUCGCAUAGUUGGUCUGUCCGCUACAUUACCAAACUAUGUCGAUGUUGCCGACUUCCUUAGGGUCAACAAGAUGGCUGGAAUGUUCUAUUUCGAUGGCUCUUUCCGACCGGUUCCUCUCGAACAACACUUCAUUGGAGUCAAAGGCAAACCCAAUUCGAAGCAGUCACGCGAAAAUAUUGAUAUUGUAUCCUACGAGAAAGUGCGUGAUAUGCUUGAGCAGGGACAUCAGGUCAUGGUCUUUGUGCACUCUCGGAAAGACACGGUAAUGACGGCGCGGAUGCUGAAGCAAAUGGCUGCCGAGGAUGGUUGCGAGAAUCUCUUCAGCUGCCAAGAUCACGAAGAUUACUCGAACGCUCUCAAAGAUAUGAAGCAUGCCCGUGCUAGGGAGUUGAGAGAUCUGUUCGCCAGUGGCUUUGGCACUCACCAUGCUGGAAUGAGCAGAAGUGACCGUAAUCUGAUGGAGCGCAUGUUCUCCGAAGGGUUGAUCAAGGUCCUCUGCUGUACGGCCACUCUUGCCUGGGGUGUUAACCUUCCUGCCGCUGCCGUUGUCAUCAAAGGCACUCAGUUGUAUAACCCUCAGGAGGGUAAAUUUGUCGACCUUGGUAUCCUAGAUGUGCUGCAAAUUUUCGGUCGUGCCGGUCGUCCGCAGUUCCAAGAUACGGGUAUCGGAUUCAUCUGCACAACCCACGAUAAGCUUUCCCACUAUCUUUCGGCAGUCACAUCUCAGCAACCCAUCGAAUCACGGUUUUCUAGUCGACUUGUGGAUAAUCUCAACGCCGAGAUUUCGCUGGGAACAGUGACCUCGGUACCGGAGGCUGUACAAUGGCUUGGGUAUUCAUAUCUUUUCGUGCGCAUGAAACGUGAACCUCGCAACUAUGGAAUUGAGUUCGCCGAAAUAAGAGAUGAUCCCAUGCUCGUCCAGCGACGCCGUCAGCUGAUCAUCCAGGCGGCUUUGGUUCUGCAGAAAAGUCAAAUGAUUAUCUAUAACGAGAAGACGGAGGAACUUCGCGCAAAGGAUGUCGGUCGUAUUGCGAGUCAGUAUUAUGUCCUGCAGACUAGCGUGGAAAUUUUCAAUGAGAUGAUGCGUCCACGGGCUGGUGACGCCGACGUGUUGAAGAUGAUCAGUAUGAGCGGCGAGUUCGACAACAUUCAAGCGCGAGAGAGCGAAUCGAAGGAGCUGAAUAGGCUUCGUGACGAAGUAAUCCAGACAGAGGUAGAAGGAGGAAAUGAUUCACCCCACGCAAAGACCAACAUCCUACUUCAGUCAUACAUUUCGCGUGCCAAGAUCGAGGACUUCGCUCUUGUUUCGGACACAGGCUACGUGGCGCAAAAUGCGGCUCGUAUCUGUCGUGCCCUGUUCAUGAUUGCUUUGAACCGGCGUUGGGGAUACCAGUGCGAAGUGCUCCUGUCCAUGUGCAAGUCCAUUGAGAAGCAAAUUUGGCCUUUCGACCACCCGUUCCACCAGUUCGACUUGCCUCAACCGAUUCUGAAGAAUCUGGACGAAAAGCUACCUUCUUCUUCCAUCGAGACUAUGAGAGAUAUGGAGACCGCUGAGAUUGGACAGCUGGUCCAUAACCACCGCAUGGGAAAGACGUUGACGAAAUUGCUCGACAACUUCCCCACUCUCAGUGUGGAGGCGGAAAUCUCACCAUUGAACCGUGAUGUUCUACGUAUCCGCCUGUCCAUUUACCCGGAUUUCGUCUGGAAUGAUAGGCAUCAUGGCGCUUCGGAAUCUUACUGGAUUUGGGUGGAGAACUCAGAGACGUCUGAAAUCUACCACCACGAGUACUUUAUUCUGAGCCGGAAGAAGCUUCAUGAUGACCAUGAGCUUAACUUCACCAUCCCACUCUCGGAUCCGUUGCCCAGUCAGAUCUACGUUCGUGCAAUCUCCGAUCGAUGGCUAGGCGCGGAGAGUGUGACACCUGUAUCGUUCCAGCAUCUGAUCCGUCCUGAUACAGAGAGCGUAUACACUGAUCUCCUCAAUCUGCAGCCUCUUCCUGUGUCGGUUCUCAAGAACCCAAUCCUGGAAGAACUCUAUGCACAGCGUUUCCAGUUCUUCAAUCCGAUGCAGACACAGAUCUUCCACUUGCUCUAUCAUACCGCGGCGAAUGUGUUGCUGGGUUCUCCAACAGGAAGUGGAAAGACAGUGGCUGCCGAGUUGGCCAUGUGGUGGGCCUUCAGAGAGAAGCCAGGCUCUAAAGUCGUGUAUAUUGCGCCCAUGAAAGCAUUGGUUCGUGAGCGUGUUCAGGAUUGGAAGAAACGCUUGACCGCACCGAUGGGUCUCAAAUUAGUCGAGUUGACUGGUGACAACACUCCUGACACGAGAACUAUCCGGGAUGCUGAUAUCAUUAUCACAACCCCUGAAAAAUGGGAUGGUAUCUCUCGUAGUUGGCAAACCAGAGAUUACGUGCGGAAGGUGAGCUUGGUCAUCAUUGAUGAGAUCCAUUUGUUGGGAGGUGAUCGAGGUCCUAUUCUCGAAAUCAUUGUUUCCCGAAUGAACUAUAUUGCCUCGCAGUCCAAGGGCUCUGUGCGCCUGAUGGGCAUGUCCACGGCUUGCGCAAACGCCAGCGAUCUCGCAAAUUGGCUAGGAGUCAAGGAGGGGCUGUACAACUUCCGGCACUCAGUUCGUCCUGUGCCUCUUGAAAUCUAUAUUGAUGGUUUCCCUGAGCAGCGAGGCUUCUGUCCUCUGAUGCAGUCGAUGAACCGACCAACAUUCCUUGCCAUCAAGAACCACUCCCCCGAGAAGCCGGUGAUUGUGUUCGUCGCUUCUCGCCGACAGACCCGGUUGACUGCUAAAGAUCUGAUCAAUUAUUGCGGUAUGGAGGAUAACCCUCGUCGCUUUGUUCGCAUGUCUGAAGACGAUCUGCAAUUGAAUCUCGCACGAGUCAAGGACGAAGCCUUGAGAGAAGCUCUUAGCUUCGGUAUUGGCCUGCAUCACGCUGGUUUGGUUGAAUCUGACCGACAGUUGGCCGAAGAAUUGUUUGCCCACAACAAGAUCCAGAUCCUUGUCGCGACAAGUACUCUUGCUUGGGGUGUCAACCUUCCGGCUCAUCUAGUCGUUGUUAAAGGAACACAGUUCUUCGAUGCUAAGAUCGAAGGCUAUCGGGAUAUGGACCUGACCGAUGUCCUGCAGAUGUUGGGUCGUGCAGGACGUCCGCAGUUCGACUCGUCUGGUAUUGCACGUAUCUUUACUCAGGACUCGAAGAAAGCCUUCUACAAGCACUUCUUGCAUACCGGAUUCCCCGUUGAAUCUACUCUGCAUAAGGUUCUAGACAACCACUUGGGCGCUGAAGUAUCCGCCGGGACUAUUUCAACUAAACAAGACGCUCUGGACUACUUGACAUGGACAUUUUUCUUCCGCAGACUGCAUAAGAAUCCUUCGUACUACGGUCUCGAGAUUUCGGCCGAGGAGCAUAACACCAUUGCCGCGCAGACCAUUGCACAGGAUUACAUGAUUGAACUAGUGGACAAGUCGCUCGGUGAACUGGCUGAAUCGUCAUGUGUUGUCUUUGACUCUGCAACGGGUGAUGUCGACCCUACUCCGUUCGGCAAGAUCAUGAGUUACUACUACCUUUCGCACAAGACCAUCCGCUUCCUGAUGACCCACGCGAAGUCGAACCCUUCGUUCCAGGAUGUCCUGAGCUGGAUGUGCUCCGCAACGGAAUUCGACGAGCUACCUGUCCGACACAACGAAGACCUUAUCAACGCCGAACUGGCCCGCAACCUGCCCCUCUCCGUCGAAUCCAUGGGCGACCUUCCCCUAUGGGAUCCCCACGUGAAGGCCUUCCUCCUUCUACAGGCCUACAUGUCGAGAAUCGACCUCCCCAUCUCCGAUUACGUCGGUGAUCAGACCUCCGUCCUCGACCAAGGCAUCCGUAUCCUCCAAGCCUCCAUCGAUGUGAUGGCCGAAAUGGGUUACUUCAAAGCCUGCCAACACCUCAUGUCCCUCCUCCAAUGCAUCAAAUCCGCCCGAUGGCCCGAAGACCUCCCCUUCUCCAUUCUCCCGGGUAUCGACCUCGGUGACAAGCCGCGUGCCCUACCGGACUCUCUAUCCGCGCUCUCCUCGCAGCCCGCAGCAUCCAUCUCCGCGCUCACUCGCAAACUCCAACUCCCCGCCUCCACCGCCUCCCAAUUCACAAAGGCCACCUCCUUCCUUCCUCACCUCUCCGUCUCCAUCUCCACCGUCACCUCUCGCGGCAUCACCAUCUCCCUCACCCGUCGCAACACCCCCACCAACCCGGACUACCGCAUCUAUGCCCCUCGAUUUCCCAAACCUCAAACAGAGGGCUUCUUCCUGCUCGUCUGCACCGCUACCCCAGAUGGCCAAGACGGCGAGCUCCUCGCCCUAAAGCGCAUCUCGUGGCCAUCGCGCAACAAGCAGAACAACAGCGGUAGCGGUCCUCGCAGCAUCACCAGCGGCGGCAGCAGCUCAAGCAAGAACCCCGGCGAUAACAAGAAACCUCACACGAAGGGCCCUCCAUUGACAGUCCGCUCGUCCGUCAAGUUCCCGGAACUGUUGCUUGCGCAGACGCCGUCGGAUCUGAAGGUCAAUGUCAAGGUCAUUAGUGAUUCAUAUCCUGGGAUGGAGUGGCAUUUGGUUAAUGUGAAUGUCGACGUUGGGGCUGGGAAGCAGCAGGUUGUAGAAGAGUUGGCGAAUUAUCCUGCGAAGGAUUGA